GGCGUGGCUUAAUAAACACGUCAUGACUACAUGACUCGAAAAUAAAACAAACAAAACAAUACGCGCGCCAGAAAACAAAUCAAAAUUAACCGCGCUGCAUAAAUAUUCGCCACCAUUGACAUUUAAAACUAUAAACUUCAACCCACGAAAGACAAUAAUACAGUUUCAAUUCGCGCCUCCUCCAUCGUGACUCAUUUACGGAGUCAGCUGACCAGAUCCUUAGAAACUGACUCUCGCUACAGUGAUGGACCGAGGUCCCUGAGCUUCACACCAGACUCGUUCCCCUGCAGCGAGGUAACCGGCACUGGACGGGACAAUGUGCUCGGGGGGAUAAAAGGGAAUACGCGUUUUUAGCCGGCCGUGUGUUGACUGUACUGUUAAUCAUGUCGGACUCUUCAGAAGCCUCUUUACCCGCUCUCAGGCGCUUGAGUUACUCAGUGGGGCAUUUUUUCAACGACCUGUGCGCCUCUAUGUGGUUCACGUACCUGCUGGUGUUUUAUCACUCAGUGCUGGGCUUUCAGAACACAAAUGCUGGUGUGCUGCUGCUAGUGGGACAGAUAGCUGAUGGAGUGUGUACGCCGCUCAUCGGCUAUGAGUCUGAUAAGACACCCGGCUGUGGAUCCUAUGGGAAGAGGAAAACAUGGCAUUUAGUCGGAACUAUUAGUGUCCUCCUGUCGUUCCCCUUUAUAUUUAACCAGUGCCUGGGCUGUGAUCUGGACACUCCGCAGUGGGUCAGUCUCACUUACUUCACCCCCUUCAUCGUCAUCUUCCAGUUUGGAUGGGCAGCCACCCAGAUUUCCCAUCUCUCCCUCAUUCCCGAGCUGGUGACUAGCGAGCAUGAAAAAGUAGAGCUCACUGCGUACAGGUACGCCUUUACUGUGAUAGCCAACAUCACAGUGUAUGCAGUGGCCUGGCUGAUGUUUCAUUUUCAGACUCAGGAAGGAGAUGACCCUGCCAUUACGGAAAACCUCGGCCCGGUUGACAUCCCUGUUUUCAGAGGUCUAAGUCUUUCAGUAGUGGGCAUUGGAUCUGUGUUCUCGCUGCUCUUUCACCUGGGAACGCGGGAGAAGGGGGCACGUCCCCGCCACGAGGAAGAGGGCUCUAGCCCUGGAGAACGCCAGCGUCUUCUCAACAAUACCACUGUAUCUCCUCCCACCAGUCUGCUGCAGUGGAAGCACUGGCUGAGACAGCCGUCAUUCUACCAGGUGGCUUUGCUUUAUAUGUCCACCCGACUGAUAGUGAACCUGUCUCAAACAUACAUAUCCAUGUAUCUCACCUACACACUACUGCUGCCAAAGAAGUACAUAGCCACCAUUCCCCUGGUCAUGUUCCUGAGUGGUUUCGCUUCCUCUUUUAUAAUGAAGCCUCUAACCAAGCUAAUAGGCAAAUGUAUGACCUAUUUUUUGGGACUGUUGCUGAUUCUUGCGUUCUCCUUUUGGGUGCUGCUGGACACACACAUGGGAGAAAAGGUGUAUGGCGCUGCGGUUUUCCUCGGAGCGGGGUCCGCUACCAUCCUGGUGAUGUCACUAGCCAUGACAGCCGAACUCAUAGGAGACCAAACACAAAGUGGUGCUUUUGUUUAUGGAGCUAUGAGCUUCACAGACAAGGUGGCUAAUGGUGUGGGAGUUAUGAUUAUUCAGAUGCUACAUCCCUGCCGGACAAUGGUAUGCUGUCCAGGCUGUGUGUGGUAUUACCACUAUGUCAUGGUCAUCGUCACUGGUGGAGUGGCCAUUUUAGCAGCCCUGAGCCUCUGCACGAUCCUUAUCUGGCCUAUAAACAUAGUGCACUUAUAUGUGCGAGAUCAUAUGAAUGGUUCAAUAAACAGCAAAGACUUUAAGGAUCUGCGUGAGGUGACGGGCCUUAUGGGGAGUGACCGAGAGGACUCCGAGAGCUCUGAGCAGCCGUCGGUCAACUGAACACGCGUGUCUUCAGCGUUUGGCUUACACUUACAACACAGUGGUGAUUGGUGAAGGUUAGAAAUCAGGUUUUAUUUCAGAAUUAUCUUUCACGCAGGCCAGUGUUUGCUAAUUCAGUCUAUACGGCGGCCGCAUCUUGACACGUGAGAGAAUGUCACUGACAGCCAAGCAUGUGGUGAACCGGUCGAGGUGGUUAGUUUAUAUUACUCAUGUGCCCUGUACUGUGGCUUUUCUUAGUUCUCACUUAACCCAACGGUCUCCAUAGACCGACACUUUAUGAUUUAUCUUUAUUCUGCACAUUCAUGUUUAUAAUGAUUAUUUUUAAACUAUUGACGUUAUUAUAAAGUUAAUGCAAAAUGCACGUGUUAUGAUGGAUGCAUCGUUUCAGAUUAUAUUAAUAAAUCCAUCUAACUGUUCCAUAAUGGAAAUUCAUGAAAAGGGAAGAAUUGUUAUUUUAAAUCAGGGGACAUUAAGCCAUGUGUUGUCAUUUCGAGGCAUAUUUUCAGGUUUGGGAUCACCGUUAAAGACCAGCGAGUCAAUGAUGAGCAUUUUUUUUUCCCUUGUAACCACUAGCUUUUGGUUUCCUUUUUCUAUUUUUCUAUAUGCAUUAUUGUUUUUGUAAGACAAUUGUGUCUGACAUGUUUUCUGUUCAUAUAAUGUACUGAACAGAAUAAAUGUUCUUUAUGAACAGACAUUUCUGUAUCUAGAGUUGAUGCACUGUAACUUGUCUUGGUAACUAGUUACUGAUAAACAGGAAUGCAGUGUCAGAGUAGUUUUAACAUCUGGUCAGCUGAUGAUCUGAUGUGAUGCUCGAGACUUUAAACAUGUAAAACAAAUUGUAAAGACUGAUGCUCAGAUGUAACCGGAAUGAAAUAAAUAGUCAGUUAUAGUGGAAUCAAUCAAAAAAUAAGCAUAUUUGUAAAAGACAAUUGUAUUUUAUUUGAUGUAUUGUUCAAAACAUUUUAAAUAAAAGGUUUUUUUAA